AGCUACCUCCUCCUCCACACAUGAGGUUCAUGUCGUCUGAAACUUUUGCUUUGUCUUGGAUAUAACAUUUUUGUCUUUUAGGGGACUGUGUCCUCCCCCCAUGGACAUCACCUGGACCUGUUGGAUUAUUCUGAUGAGCUUGAUUGGAUGGAAAUAAGAGGAGAGAAGCGUGGGAAUUGAUGAUCCCGGAGCGUCGUCCUGGAAGAGGAUUUGUGAAGCGAAGCAUCAGCGGGAGGAGGAGCAGGUGAUCGGAACAGGGCAAGGAGGAGGAGGAGAGGAAGAGUAUGGGCCGUUCUUCCAUUUGCUUCUUUUUCCUGUUCUUUUGCCUCCGCCAGCGGAGCGUCACGGCGCAAGCUGACGCAUGCAGGACAGUGGUGCAGGCAGAUGUUGUGUUUCUGGUGGAUGAGUCAUGGAGUGUGGGCCAGAGCAGCUUCUCCAGGAUUAAAGACUUCAUCUCAGCGGUGGCCUCCUCCUUCAAGGACAGUGUUAUAGGAGCUGAGGGGGUCCGCUUCGGCGUCACCGUCUUUGGGGACGUACCCAGGAUGCGGAUCGCGUUGACAGACUACAGCUCCCUGGAGGAGGUGCUCAGGGCUGUCAGAAACCUGCCCUAUGAGGGCGGGUCCAGGAAGAUGGGUGUCGCCCUCCAGUUUCUUGUAGACCAUGCUUUCAGCGCCGCCAUCAGUCGAGACCAUGCACCCAAGGUGGCUGUUUUGAUCACAAACGGACCCUCGGACGACCCUACUGACGCGGCAGCUAGAGACGUGGCCGACCACGGGAUUUCACUCUAUGCUGUCGGUGUGAGGGGAAUCGACGUAUCAGAGCUGAGAACUCUGGUGUCUCAGCCCUACGAGGAGCACUUCUUGCACAGUGCUGACUUCUCCCUCUUGGAGUCCAUCCUUCCCAAAUUGUCCCGCAGGGUGUGUUUUACCGCCUCUGAGCCGCCGCGACCUGUUAAAACACUCCAGCCUGUCGAACAGCCCAUCAUGGGUCCUAAAGAUCUACAGGUCAGCGAGCUGGCCCACGGGUCCCUUAGACUGACGUGGACCCCAGCCACAGGGGACGUCACCGGGUAUCGACUCCUGGUUGUCCCUCUCAGCUCCAGAGGAGAGCUUGUCCAAUCACAGCAGAGACAGAUUGACCUGAAAGCAGAUGUGACAACAGUCAUGGUGAUGGAGCUGGAUGCAAAAACGUCUUAUUCCCUGACUGUGUAUGCCAUGUAUCCCAGCCUCAUCGGAGAGUCUGUGACUGCCACAGUCCUGACAAUGCCGUUGGCCCAAGUGCUAAACUUCCGCAUUAUUGAAGAAGGGCUCUUCUCACUCCGUCUGGGCUGGACGCCUCCUCUAGGAAAGCUCAACGGAUUCAAGAUCUUCAUCCCAAGAUCCAACAGACCAGGAUUUGCGUACGAGCAGCUGCUUCCGGGAGAUACCUCCUCUCACGUGAUUGACAGCCUGGAGGAGGACAGGAAGUACACCAUCAGUAUUUGUGCAGUUUACCCACAGGGACCAAGUGAACCUGUUUCCAUAGCAGGAAGGACAUUAAAGCUGAUUCCAGUUCAGGAGCUCCUGGUCCAGAACGCCACCACUGACACUGCCCAGGCCAGAUGGACAGCAGUCAGAGGCGCUACAGGAUACCGUCUCACCUGGGCCUCGCCAGAUGGCCACAUAGAGAACAUUAAUCUCAGGGACACCUUUAACUUCUACAUGAUCCAGGGCCUCCAUGCGGGCACUGAGUACACCAUCACCAUGAAUCCCAUCUUUGGAGACAUAGAGGGGCCGGUCACAUCCACCAAAGUCAAGACAUUGGAAAACCCUGCAGUGCAAACCCUGAAGGUAUCGGCUGUGAGCACCAGCACUGCUGUCAUUGCGUGGAAUGGCGUACCGGGGGCCACAGGAUACCGCCUGGCUUGGGGUCCCACCGCAGAGUUUGUUGGUCGGGACCGUCCCAGGCAGUUGGCUCUGAAUGGCACCACUGCAGAGUACCAGCUGAAGAAUCUCGCCCAUGACACCGAGUAUGCGCUUACUCUCUAUGUGCUCUUCGGGUCUGUGGUCGGGCCUGGGAUCACUGCCACCUUCCGAACAUCUCCUCUAGGUUACGUGUCCAGUUUUGAGGUGACGUCCUACACAAGCACCUCCAUCAGUGUGCAGUGGAGUCCAAUAGUGGGCGCUACUGAGUACAAACUCUCUUGGAAAACUGACCAUGGUAGCCCCCAGUCACGCUAUUUGGACUACGGUGUUCUCGUCUAUCACAUCCAGGACUUGAACCCACAGUCCACUUACACAAUCACAGUCCGUGCAUUAUACGGCAACACAGAGGGGCCAGAAAUCUCCUUAACUCAGCUCACAGCUGCUGACUUGGACUCAGAAGCACUCCAAACAGUGAAGGAGGUCAAGGUUGUGGACACUGGAGCCAACUCUGUCACCCUGUCCUGGAGGACAACACCUGGUGCAUCCGGGUAUAAAGUCUCCUGGAUUCACUUCAUGGGGGGGGAAGAAAAGUCCCACAUUGUACCUGCUGAUGUUACCAGCUUCACGAUUAAGAACCUACGCGAGGGCUCGGCUUACAAGAUCCAAGUGUCCUCCAUAGCGGGCAGCCGGGAGGGAAGUUCUGUCCUGGUCACAGCACGCACUUUGGAGCUUCCAAACGUGAAGGGUUUCACAGCAAUGAACACAACAGACAGCAGUACAGUUCUGAGCUGGACCCGUGUGGCAGAUGUCUCCGGGUACCUUCUUAGCUGGCGGCACAUCUCAGUGUUUGAGACUAAAAAAGAGAUGCUGGGUCCUGGUUUCACCUCCUUUAAAAUCAGCAAUCUCUUAUAUGGCAGAACGUAUAUUUUCUCCAUCAGGCCUUUGUAUGGGCAAGUGGAGGGGCCAGUUAGCACUGUUUACCAGCGAAUUGUGGGCCUGCAUCCUCCAACAUCCCAGCCAGCAACAGUUGCUCCUCAUGUCACAGCCAACACCACAGUUCCUCAGACGGCCACAAGGGGCACCAAACACCCUGUUUUUAUGCCACCAAUUACACCCAAUACCACUAAGACUCCAAGUCAUCACAAUGUAUUUGAAACUAAAGCAACUGCAGUCGCCUCCCCCCAGAUAACCACACCUAGCAGCGAGACCACAGCACAACCAAAAGCAGAUUGCAGCAAGAGCAAAGUAGACAUGGUGUUCCUGGUGGAUGAGUCGUCCAGCAUCGGUGCAAACAACUUCAACAACAUGAAGGACUUCAUAUUCCGGAUGGCAACCUACUUCCCUGUCGUUGGCCCUCGAGGCAUACAAAUAGCCGUGGUUCUCUUCAGCGAUGAGCCUCGAAUAGAAUUUCGACUCAACGAUCACAAAGACCGAAACUCAGUGCUCAGGGCGCUGAGAGGGCUCCGCUAUGGAGGCGGCAACACCAAGACAGGAAAAGGCAUCAGCUACGUCCUGCAGGAACUGUUUCAAGAGUCUCUGGGCAUGAGGCAGGGCGUCGCCCAUGUUCUGGUUCUGAUUACAGACGGAAAGGCCCAGGACGAUGUGGUGCCACCUUCUAGAAUUGCGAGAGCUCUGGGUGUCAGCGUCCUGGCGGUGGGUGUUGCCAAUGCCGACCUGCAGGAGUUGAGUAGAAUCGCGACCCCCAGCAGCUACAAGAAUAUCUUCUAUGUGCCCACCUUUGAUGACUUUCCCUCCGUAGAGAGAGAAUUCCUGGGGAGCAUCUGUAGCGAGGAACUCCUCUCUGAGUUCAAAGUGCAUGAUGAUGAGAAGCUGACUCAGCUGGACACGCCCACUGAUGACCCAGAGGAGCUGGCCAAACCUCAGCUUCCUUGCCUCUCCCACUGUGUCAAGGGCCAGAAAGGACAAAAGGGAGGCAGUUCUGGUCUUGGUGGUCUGCAGUUCAGGCAAAGUCCCGGACCGUAUGAUUUGUUUACCUCAUCCAAGGGGGAGAAAGGUGAAAAGGGGCCUCCUGGAACAGAUGGCAUUCCUGGCUUGCCUGGACGGCCUGGAAGAACUGGACCCCCGGGUUCCGGCGGCCAGCGGGGCCCCCCAGGUGUACCAGGUGAUACGGGUGCUCCUGGUCUUACUGGUCCAAAGGGCCAGAGGGGAGAGAGAGGAGAACCCGGUUAUGUGAUAGCAGGCCCAGAUGCAAACGUCAUCCCCGGGCGAAAAGGGGAACCAGGAUCCUCAGGUCCUCAGGGGCCGCCAGGUAUACCAGGAGCCAUUGGAGUCCCUGGUCUGCCUGGCCUGACAGGACCACCAGGAAUAUCUGUUAAGGGGGAUACUGGAGAACCAGGAGAAAAGGGUUUACGUGGGAAGCCGGGUGCAAAGGGUGACAAAGGAGAAGAUGGAAACAAUGGUAUUGCAGGCUUGCCCGGUCCUAUGGGCAUUGAUGGUGUACCGGGCUUACCGGGUCAGAAAGGAGAGAAGGGUGUACUUGGAGUGGGCAUUCAGGGUGCUCCGGGUCCUCGCGGAGAACCGGGAGAGAAGGGAAAUGUGGGCGUCACAGGACCAGUGGGACCAAAGGGUGAUCUUGGAGAACAAGGCGUCCAAGGAGCCAUUGGACCUCGGGGGAAGAAGGGAUUCAAAGGGGAGCAAGGGGACAAGGGGGAACAAGGAGAGAGGGGACCCGCUGGACCACUAGGACCCACAGGGCCAACAGGACCAGUCGGCUUAAAGGGAGAUGAGGGUCCCAGAGGAGCCCCUGGAGACCCUGCCAAGGGUUUUAUUGGACUCAGUGGAAAAAAGGGCAUUCGGGGAGACGUCGGUCCAGUCGGCGCUACGGGUCCUCAGGGAAUAAAGGGUGAACAAGGAGACAAAGGAGAAAAGGGAAAUCCAGGUUUUGGGGUUCCAGGGCAGCGUGGGCCAAAAGGAGAGAACGGGGAUAGAGGAAAUGUUGGUUUAUCUGGAAAACCAGGACCAAAGGGACAGGACGGCUCUAAAGGUGACAAAGGUGAUAUUGGGUCACCUGGAAAUCCUGGACAGCCCGGAUUAAGAGGUAAAGAUGGGGAACAUGGACAUAAAGGAGAACAAGGGAUAAAGGGAGAACAAGGACUACAUGGACAACCUGGUGACAGAGGAAUUAGGGGACCACUGGGAUUACCGGGACAACCAGGAGACCAAGGAGCGAAAGGGGAUACUGGGAACGCUGGUCUAGCUGGUCGUGAUGGACAGAAAGGCGAAAAAGGCGAGCCGGGAAAACCUGGACCUUCGGGAACGCAACCGAUUGGAGACAGCAUUCUGACCCGAGUAAUUAAGGGUGAGGCGGGGGAGCCAGGUUUAAGAGGAGAGAUAGGCCUACCUGGACCAAGAGGUCCAGAGGGUAAACCUGGACUUCCAGGAUCUUCUCUGGGGGGUUCUGGAAGAGAUGGACUUGAUGGUUCGCCAGGAGAACCAGGCCUGAAGGGGCAAAAGGGAGAGACCGGUGCGAAAGGAGAAAGAGGUGAGCAGGGUCGAAUGGGGAUUGCAGGAAUGCCAGGAUUACCAGGAACUCCAGGAAGAGCCGGCAUCGAUGGGAAGCGAGGAUUGCCGGGAAAAGAUGGAGAAAGAGGAAUAAAAGGAGAAGAAGGCAAACAGGGUGAUAAGGGGGACACGGGCUUAAAUGGAAAAGAUGGCAGUAAAGGAGAGCCAGGUGCACCAGGGUUGCCCGGGAAGCAGGUCUUCGUCACUGCAGAGGGCGCCACCAUCGACGAAGUCAGACAAGCCUUUCCCAUCCCCAUGGGUCCUCCAGGAGCUCCUGGCUCUCCCGGAAUGAAGGGGGAUAAAGGAGACGUAGGCAUGAAAGGAGAAAAGGGUGAUGCCGGAGCCCCCGGAAAAUCGCUUGAGAUGAAGGAUCUUGAAGUGAUGUUUGAAGCCUAUGGCAUCAAGCUGCCCUUGCUGAAGGUUUUGAUAGAGAGGCUGCUACAGGGCGGCAUAGAGGAGCUACUUCACGCACUGGGAAGCUCCAAGAAAACCAAGACAACCGCAGAAUCGCAAACGUCUAACGUCAUCAGCGAGUACACAAGUUCAAUAAAGUCUGACCCUUCCAGUCUGGAAACCAUUGAGGGGUUUGAGUUGGACCAGCCUACAAAGGAUUCCUGGAAUGACACUGCAGAGGGUCCAACACCAUUGACAAUGGCACCACUGAAAGAACAAGUGGAGGGACUAAAUGCAAUGCUAAAUGCGACCAAAGAGGAGACGAUGGAGACUCAAACAUCUUUACUCAACGUGAACUCAACUUUUAAUCAUACGACAAGCCAGAAGGUACCAGGAAAUGUCAUCCUUGAUCAAAUGAACCCUGGGAGGAAAAGCCCAGGACACAGGAGACAGAACAGGGAACGGGGGAAGGGCAAAGGAAAUAAAAGACGACAUAAGAGGCAGAGACAUCCCCUGACAAGCGAGGGGCCGGAAAAGGAGGAAGAGGAGUUUUACGACAGCGAAGACUACAGCCAAGAGGAGGAGGAUGUGGUGUCACUGCCAACUCCUCCACUCAGCACACAGGAAGCAGACAAGGUACCUCCGUCCCAAAUGAGGGUCAAGAGGAGUCGCCCCUUGCCUGGCUCCAUGACAGACUUAACAAGAGGAGGGAGGCGGCGGCACAUUGACUUGGAGGAGGAAGAGCGUCCAGCUGAGGAUCGUUUCAAAGAAGAGGGUCCUCGGCCUGAUGAUGAAGAGUGGAGUGGCGACUGGGAGACACGGGUGGAAGAUGUAGACCGGGAGGAGUGGGAGAGGAGGACGGGUGAAGAAGAACCCAGACAGCCUUACCCGUACCCCGCUGAGUAUUUGUACCUCAAGGGGCAGCCGGGGGAGGAUGGAAAACAAGGUCCAAAGGGGGACAUUGGAGAAAAGGGACAAAAGGGAGAGCCAGGAAUCGGCCACCGCGGGCCUGAAGGCCAAGCUGGUCCGCCCGGCAACAAGGGAGAACCAGGGGAGAUGGGCCCGCCUGGCGCUCAAGGCGUCCAGGGCAUCCUUGGGAGCGCCGGGAUUCAGGGUCCCUCGGGCGUGAAAGGCCCGCCAGGGGACCCGGGAGAGCCAGGCAGAGAAGGCGAGCGAGGGAGACGGGGGAAAAACGGGACACCGGGAGCCCCCGGACUUACAGGAGAAGCGGGACCUGACGGGCCUCCUGGCGUGCCUGGAAUGAAAGGAGAAAAGGGUGACAGUGUUCCUGGAGAGCCAGGGCCUCAGGGUUUGUCCGGCUUCCCUGGAAAAAAGGGCAACACAGGGACCCCGGGUGUGUCAGGUGCUCCAGGAAUGAUAGGUGCUAAGGGCGUGAGAGGCUACAAAGGCGUCAAGGGUGAACGUGGCUUCCCAGGAGUCAGAGGAGAACGGGGUAGUGCGCUUCAGAUUCAAGGACCUCGUGGAUUUAAGGGUGCCAAAGGGGACACGGGUGAGCGAGGCUCCCCGGGUUUUGAUGGCGAUAAAGGAGAGAAGGGCGAGGACGGGCCCCCUGGAGUCAAGGGCCUGAAGGGGGAUGCUGGCAUUAAGGGCGCUAUGGGACGUUUUGGACCUCGGGGACCAGUCGGCCAGAAGGGAGAUCCAGGGGAACCAGGCGUCAGUGGAGUCAUGGGUUACAACGGAGCUGAUGGCGUGAACGGUGCCAAAGGGGACAAAGGAGACAAAGGGCUGCAAGGCCAGAGGGGCCAGCAGGGGGACGCAGGAGGCGUAGGAUCACCAGGAGAUAAAGGCGUGAAAGGAGAGAAGGGAUUCCGGGGCGUCCCGGGACGCUUUGGGAGUCCCGGCAGUGAUGGUGAAAAGGGGGAUGGAGGGACACCUGGCACACCUGGCAUACCUGGCUUGAAUGGACUGCCUGGACGGAAGGGUGACAAAGGCAAUGCCGGUAUUGACGGCGUUAAUGGUGACCCGGGAGGAAAAGGAAUAAAGGGUGCCACUGGUUUCCCAGGCUUCCCGGGGUUCAAGGGCUCAGCAGGUAAACCAGGAAAGGACGGAGGCCGAGGACCACCAGGAGCCCCAGGCCUGCGUGGGGACACAGGAGCCAAGGGUGUGAGAGGCAGGAGAGGCAAAGUGAAGGCGUGUGAAAAAGGAGAGCCCGGGACGCCUGGGCUGAGAGGACAGAGUGGAAUGCUGGGCAUUGGAGGUGCGAAGGGGGAGAAGGGAGAGCCUGGCCUCUCAGCUCAUGAAGUGAAGAACAUAGUCGCUCAGGAGGUGGUGCACAAGUGUGGUUUAGACUACAAGUUCAUGGUCCGAUCAGUGGAUCCUGAUGGAAGAACCGCAGACGGCGACCUUUCUUACGACCUCAAUGAGGCUCACGUGGAAAAAGAUGAAGACGACAGAGGCAAAGAGGGGGAAAAGUUGGGGGACCUGGAAGGACUCUCAUCUAACAGCACUGAUCCCGUGGAGGGCGGGGCCGCCAGGACAAAAAGAAGGGUUUUUGGAUCGGGAGCCUCUGGGUCAGAGCGCUGCCUGGAAGCCAUGUCGGAAGGCGUCUGCUCUGACUACGCCCUCCUUUGGUACUUCCACGCCGACUCUGGCGAGUGCCGUCCGUUUGUGUACGGCGGCUGCGGUGGAAGCCGUAACCGCUUCCCCUCCAGGCUGGCCUGCCACAGCUGGUGCGUGGCAGGCAGGAGGAGGCAGGAGGGAGAAGACGGUGGCGCCUGGACAUGAGGAAAGCCACUGCACAGGAUUCUUAUUUAUACGUCACUUGGUGCUACAAAAGUCAUUAAGUGUGUCAACUUGGGUCACACUUCACUCUCAGCGCCUUUCUUCUCCUGUCUUUUGGCAGCUCCAACGCCACAUAUGCCCCUCCAGUGGCGCUCGCAAGAGGGGGGUUACUGCUGUUGAUGUUCUAAGCCACGCCCCAGUUUAUUAUUAUUUCCUUUUUUUUUUUUUUUUACAUUUCAGCUCCUCUCACGAUUCUGCAGCGUAACAUUCUGGCACAUGCUAAGAGGACGCCUCACGCACCCCCACCCUGCCACCCUGACCCAAACUAAAAAAUUGCUAAUGUGCGUCAUCUUUGAAAAUAACUCUGUGACUCAUGUCCCGCCAAAAACAGCAUCUUUUCGAGUGAGUCUGUAUUGUCCGUAUUGUUCCUGCAAAGUUGCAUAAAGAUGCUGUCAGAUGUCGAAAGAUGGACAUUCAUUUUGGCAUUCAGCACAACAUGUGAUUAUCACAUUUUAAAGUCAAAGCAUCACAAGGGAACCAGAAAUAACGCCGCAAAUGUCCCCUUAUUAAAGUUGAAGAAGAGCAAGUCGUUCCCCCCUCGGAGAAAUCAGCAGCAGUGUGGGAGGACAAGUGUCGCAGAGGCCCAUUACGCCCGUUGCAGCGUCCUUAUUAACCCGACCGCGCUCGUUAGUGUACAACCCUGAUGUCCUUUGAUCGUCUCUGGCCGGCAUUGCUCAGAGAGCAAAUCUUUAGCAUUGAAACGUGUUGACAUAACACUUUAAUGCCUUAUUAGCGCUUUCAAAUACCAUCGCUUUAUAACACGUCACCUUGCAGGUACACACAGCCUGGCCUGCUAAGAACAUGUUACAGUCCUUACUAUUGUUCCAUAAAGUAAUUAUACACUUAUAGCAAACAUUUCACUUUGAUGUAUUUCCCCUUGCACUCACUGGACACUUCAUUAUGCACACCUGCAUGCUUGAAUUGGAACCAAAACCAAAAAAAUUGGCUUUUUUUCCCCCUUAUCCAAUCCCUAUGCUGCUCACCGCCACCAGAGGGCACACUUUGACAACAGCUAUACUACUCACAGCACAGCCACUAGGGGGCAUAUUUGAACGGCGUCUACAGCAGGGGAGCCCAAAGUGCAACCCGCGUCUCGUUCAUUAUUGGCCCAUGGCAUGUUGUCGACAUAAAAUUAAACACUAAAAAAAACCCAACAAAAAUGGGAAAAGUAAAAAAAAAAAAAAAGGCACCAUGUAAUAAAAAAGCAGUCGGGUUGAUACAAAUCAUUAAUAACACAAAGCUUUGACUUUAAAUAUAUGCGACUAUUAUUGUUAAGCCUUUUUAUAAAAUAAUAUGUAAAUAGGAUUUUUCUGUAUGCAGCCCUUGGUGGAAAAUGUUUGGACACCCCUGGUCUAUAGUAUGCUGCUCACAGCCACUAGGGGGCAUACUUUGAUGUUUGUGUUUUGCUCAUUACUACCAGGUGCACACUUUGACGAUAGCUAUACGACUCACAGCCACUAGAGGGCACACUUUGACUGAAUCUAUGCUACGCACUGCCACUCAGGGGCACCCUUAGAUGGUAUCUAUGCUACAUUUUGAUGGAAUCUACUAUUUACACAUUUGGACUGUUUCUAUGCUACUCACAGCCACUAGGGGGCACACUGACCGUGUCUAUGCCACUCAUAGCCACUAAAUGGUACACAUGUACUGUAUCUAUACACCUCACAGCCACAAGGGAACACACUUUGACUGUACCUUUUCUACUCAUAGCCACUCGGGGGCACACUGUCGUGUAGGGUUAACACUUUAUUGUGUUGUAGUCCACAUGCAAUUUUUAGUUUCUUGGACUUGAAUAAGACUUCACAAAAGUAAACAUGAAUGAAAUAAAUAAACAACAGCAUAGUUUUCAUCAUUCAAAAAAUACUAUUUUUUGACACAUUUCUUUUGUUGCUGUCCAUGGUGCUGACACUCACAGCUACUUUAAUCCCCCCCCAAAAGUAACAUUUUUACCAUGAUAAGUGUCUGUGGAUGGGCUGUGACCACAUGAAGGCGUGGCAGGCC